AUGUAUAUUUUCGAGGCCCCAAUUUCCGUUGAGCCGGGUACCGAAGAGAUUGCCUCAUUUUACGUGAUUGAAAAUGGAGAACAAUCUCUGCUGGGCCGAGACACGGCUAUAGAAUUAAAAGUCCUCCGACUGGGAAGAAACAUUAACCGUAUUGAGGAAAUGGAGCCUUUUCCAAAAUGGAAAAACAUUGAAGUAAGCCUUUCCAUAGAUUAUGAUGUGAAACCCGUUCAACAACCAGUGAGACGAAUCCCGGCAGCGCUCGAGGACAAAGUCAUGAAAAAACUGGAUGAAGCCCUGAGUCGAGAUAUAAUUGAACCAGUCACGGGCCCGAGUGCUUGGAUAUCUCCCAUCGUGCUUGCGUUUAAGGAGAACGGGGACAUCCGCUUAUGUGUCGACAUGCGACUGGCAAACAAAGCAAUCCUACGGGAAAACUACCCAUUACCAACUUUCGACUGCUUUAUGACCAGACUCAAAGAGGCUAAAUUCUUCGCACGCCUAGACCUCAAGGACGCCUAUCACCAACUGGCCCUUGUUGAAUCGAGCCGGGAAAUAACAACGUUCAUAACUCCAAGGGGACUUUUCCGCUAUAAGCGUUUGAUGUUUGGAGUAAAUUCUGCUCCCGAAAUUUUUCAACGCCUUCUCGAGCAGAUGCUAUCUGCGGUACCUAACGCCAUGAACUUCAUCGAUGAUAUCAUCAUCUUUGGAGCAACUGACCUCGAAAUCGACAGCGCCGUAAAAGAAGUAUGCCAAAUCUUCCAGGAAAAUAAUGUCCUACUGAAUAAAGAAAAGUGCAUCUGGAAGACAAGAAAACUAAAAUUCCUCGGACAUAUUUUAUCCGACAAGGGAAUAGAAGUCGACCCUGAGAAAAUUGACGUCAUCCGAUCUUUCAGAGACCCAAAGAACAAAGAAGAAACGCGGAGCUUCCUCGGUUUGGUGACCUACGUCGGGAAGUUCAUUCCGGACCUUGCAAGUCACACAGAUCCUCUAAGAAAACUGCUGAAAACUGAAAGCAAAUUCACCUGGGGCGAAGCCGAGAAAAAUGCUUUCAGCAACCUAAAGAAUCUUCUAUCCAAGGUACCCAAAUUAUCAUAUUUCAAUCCAAGGCAUCGAACACGGGUGAUUGCGGACGCCAGCCCGGUUGCCCUUGGGGCUGUGUUAUUGCAAUUCAAAGUCGACAACGAACCUUUAAUAAUUACCUUUGCUAGCAAGGCCCUGUCGGAGGUGGAGAAACGCUACUCCCAAACGGAAAAAGAGAGCCUAGCGCUGGUUUGGGCAGUGGAGAAAUUUUACUACUAUCUGGCAGGCCUGCACUUCGAACUCGUAACUGAUCACAAGCCCUUGGAAGCCAUUUUCAAACCAACAUCCAAGCCCCCAGCUCGCAUUGAAAGGUGGCUGCUGCGACUCCAGGCAUAUACGUUCACCGUUAUCUAUAAAUCCGGAAAAGAAAACAUAUCAGAUGCGUUGUCUCGACUCUGUCAACUACCGGCGGUAGAACCAAUCGACCACAAGACGGAAUACUGCAUCCUUCGCGUCGUACAGAGCUCUAUCCCAAGAUCUAUGACAAUUCAUGAAAUAGCAGAGUCUUCCAAGAGGGAUGAAGAGAUUAUGGAUGCAAUCAGUUGCCUGGAGAACGACUCCUGGAAGCCCGAUAGUUCAGUGGGCUUCUACCCGUUUCAAUAUGAACUUUCAGGGGUUGGCUCGCUCCUUUUGAGGGGAAACCGUCUAGUCGUGCCAACAUCUCUGAGAGUAAAAAUACUGGAGUUAGCCCACGAAGGACAUCCCGGCGAGACAGCAAUGAAACGCCGCCUGCGAUCCAAAGUAUGGUGGCCACAAAUAGACAGAGAGGCAGAAAAGUUUGUCAAAGCUUGCAGAGAUUGUUGCCUGGUAUCACAAGACAUCAGGCCACCCCCUAUGGACAGGAAUCCUUUUCCCACUGGCCCUUGGAUUUGGGUAGCGUCGGAUUUACUAGGUCCGCUUCCCAACAAUGAAUAUGUUCUAGUCUUCAUUGACUAUUUCUCACGAUAUAUGGAGCAUAAGUUUCUUAAAACCAUAUCUUCAACGACCCUGGUAGAGGCAAUGAAAGAGAUCUUCUGUAGACUGGGAUAUCCUGAGCACCUACGAACGGAUAAUGGACGCCAAUAUGUUAGCGAGGAGUUUUCUAACUACUGCAAAGCAUUGAAGGUGCGAGAGAUAGCUCAGACCGUAGGCAUUUCAAAAGAUCACGUGGUUCAUAUCCUGCAUGAAAUUUUGGGCAUGAGAAAGCCCACUCCGGACAACAAGCGCAACCAUGAGACACUUCAGAGCAGUGUUUGA